UGGGUGCAUCAUCGAGAACAAGCCAGCCUAUAUCGUGAUGUUACUUUAGUCAAAGAUGUUUUAAACGAAGACAUUUUUUUUUAAUUCCGAGCAAACAAACUGUAAAACUGUUACGGUAAGAAAUGGUAUUGAUAAAAACGGAGUAGGCCUCAAAAACAGAACGAUACUAUAGUCAUGUUGCGCUUUUGUUAGUGCAAAUGCAUUUUUCAAUGGUUAUAGUCAAAAUGAUGUUAAUUUUUAUUUUCUUUGCGCGCAUAAUUUAAACAUUACGGUACAAUCGGACAAUAAUAAAGACUGGAGGGGCUGGGCCAAGUUUUCGUCUGAAAGUUUCGCGAGUGUGGUUACCCUACAACCGUGACUCUAGCGUUUUUGGUGCAAGGGUCCCAACCAUACCUGAAAAAGAGACAAUGAUUUUACAAAAACUGUGGAUUUAUCUCUCCAUUGGAUGUCUUUUCUUUGGCCAGAUUUUAACCGUUUUCGUCAUUCGCGUUCUUUAUUUGGUUUGGCCAGCUCUGGCCAAAAAACUUGUGCUUAAAAUGGGCGAGCAGUGCACCAUGACCCAAAAUCCCAAAUUCAGGUUUGAAGAUUGGGGUCCUUCGUUUACGUCGUUAACCUCCCUCAAAAUUAUAUUCAAUCACCUUUGGCUCUCUCUUGGUCAAGAAGCUUUUGUGGGUUGGGACGCUCCAGACUCACAGGUUGUUACUUUGGAGGGCAAUACAUCAACCAUACUGAAGCACUUGAAUGGGAACAGACCACUUGUUCUGAGUUUCGGAAGUUGUACCUGACCCCCAUUUCUGUUCAAACUUGAUGAGUUCAAGGAACUUGUCAAGGACUACAGAGAUGUGGCAGACUUCCUAGUUGUCUACAUCGCUGAAGCUCACGCAACUGACGGUUGGGCAUUCGUUAACAACGUAGAAAUCAAGCGACACCAGACGCUGGGCGACAGGCUGGUGGCUGCCCAGACUCUAGUGGACCUUGAGCCAGGCUGUCCGGUGGUGGUGGACGACAUGAGCGACGUCACCGCCUGCAAGUACGGCUCUCUCCCCGAGAGGCUGUAUGUACUGCAGGCCGGCAAGGUGGUCUAUAAGGGCAGUAAAGGACCUUGGGGAUACUACCCGUCUGAGGUUCGAACCUUCCUGGAGAAGAUGAAUUAGACACACACACACACACACACACACACACACACACACACACACACACACACACACACACACACACACACACACACACACACACACACACACACACACACACACGAUGUGUUCAAUGUUUUUAUGAAUGAAAACUAUGGAUUAAACCCCAUGCGGUGUCUGUAGUCUGAAAAAUGUGAAAAAGAACACAGUCCAAUCAGACCAGCUAUUGAUUUUAUAUCCGCCUGACUUUCUGCCUCAUCUCUGGCUUUGGCUCAGGUUUGUUAAGUACUCACUUUGCACCACAACUCUAAUGAUGAUCUGUAAUUUACCACUUUGUAAUAGUUUUCUGUUAUGUCUCCAAGUAGGCUAUUCAUUCCAUGCUUUUAAGUAAGACAGCUUUCUUUAUGACGGUUAUAGUGUAAACCUCUGGUGACUGUAAUUUGAUGGCUAUUGAAAUUUGUCUUGCCUUGAAAGUGAAGUGGAGCCUUAAGACUUUGGUUACAGCUCAAACCUAUGCAUGUUCACGGAUUAAGUCAUGACCUACUCAAACACUUAAUCAAAUAUACCUUGUUAAACAUUAAUCAGCAAAAGUCUGCUUGACGUCCGAGCAAAUAAAUGUUAAUGUUUGGAUGUGUUUGUUUGCACGCCCUAAUAAAGGACAGGGUGGACCUGCUGGUUCACAAUCA